GUAGAAAAAAAACAACAAAAUGGAAAGUAGUAACAGUAUGUGAUGUCACGAACUUACUUAACACAAAGUUCAAAUAACUGUUUUAAGUGUAUAAUAUAAUAGUAAUUUUAAGUCCAAGUGGCAACAUUUUUGUGUAAGGUGCAAUUUUGAAUUGACUUAAUGUUGUCCUGGAUAAUAUCAGUGUUUCUUCUGCCAACUUCCAUCCGUGCACUUGGACAUCCUAAAUAUGAGUGUGGAGAGCAUGGCAGAUUCGAAUACUGCAUAGAUGGAAUACCAGGCUGCAUUGUGGGCUGCCAUUGUCACCCAGGAUAUUAUUUUGAUACAGAGACAAAAAUAUGUGAACCAAAUGCUAAACUGGUCCAAGAUUACAGACGUCUUUACUUUGGAGAAACAACUCGGAUACCUUUAGAGGCUUACACAAGCGACACUGAAAAUAAUCUCACACCUACAACACUAAACCCCAUAGAGCCCCAAAUUGACAACAUAGCAAAAGAUGCCGACGAUCUAGGUGACUGGUUAUACAACCAAUUCUUCAAAACGAUUGAAAGCCAAGUAAUAAACAAGACAGAAACUGUAAGACCUCCGACUAGGAGAAGCGAAAGUGGGCCGGGAAACUUUAGUAAAUCAAUAAAUAAAGAUAUUAAAAAAAAAUCUGGCAGAAGAAAUGAAGGAAAAUCGCGCAAAAAGUUAAGAGCGCAAGGUCGAAAAGAUAAAAAGAAAAAAGAAACUUUAAGAAGAAAACUACUUCGAAUUUCAGAAGACGACAGUCUUUUUGAUUCUAGUGAUUCUCAAGAUACAUAUACAGAAUCGAGUAGUGAAAGUGAUUACUCUGAUACCUCUGACAGUGAAGGAACUUCUCAUGAAAGUGAUAAAGAUGGAAAUGGAAAACGUUGUGACAAGGAUGGAGAACAUGGCCAUAGAAAAAUACUUAUGAUUAACAAGAAGCCUAAACUACCCUUGCCUCCAUUUAUUUUCUUACCUCAAUUUGAAACUCCUUUUUACCCACCAAUACCUUUGCCGCCACCACCAGUAAUGCCAAUGUAUCCCAUGGUACCAGUUCCACCUAUGCCUCCGUUUCCAUACCCAGUAACUUGCCCGGAUGACGAGAAAACGGAAACUACUACCAAAAAAGAUGAACCUGUUACGGAAAAACCAGAUAUUAAACCAGAUAACAAAACUGAUAAAUCUCCAAAUCAUAUUACAACUGUCAAACUAAGCGAUACUACAUCUCCCUCAUCAAGUGAAACUGAAUCAACCAGUGAUCCAAAUAAUGAAAGUGAUCCAACUGAAACACCUUCGUUAAGAAACUUAAAAAAAAAGAAAAAUGUGCGGUUAGGGAAAACGUCUAUAGCAGAUGGGGAGCAAAUGAAAAAAAAAAAUAAACGUAAAAAGAAACCAAUUACCCCAUACCUUCCAGAUCCGUUUGUGGAUAUGUACAAUCCACAGGAUUUUCUUAUGAAAGAUUUCGAUAAAGAUAGUUUUAUAAGUAAAACAAAGCAAAUAGAAGAUAAAUCAGGACCCAGCGAUGUCGAUUUUAAAUAUUUGGCGCAACUUAUACACAAAUUGGGGCCUAAUGAUACUAAGAAGAUCGAUGAUACAAAAUGGGACAUGAUAACCCCUUUGAGAAGAACUUUAAGUCAAAUUGAAGGAACUGGGAACCAUCUUAUUAAAACUGAUGAUUUUUUUCAAACGCGAAGAAAUUUUGAUACACAUGUUCGCAAUUUAGAAAGACACGAUGAUUUAUAUUAUACAAAACUAGGCCAACAAAUAGCAUCUUUGAUUAGAAAUGUAGAUGGUAUCAACGGAAGGCAAUCGGAACAAGUAUCUAAUUCACUUUCUAAUAUAGGCGUCGACCUUCAUCAGCUUGGACCUAAUCUAUUUAACCAAAGCUCCAGCUCCUCACUUCAAGGCUCCAGCUUGCAACCGAAUCAAAACCCCUACCUGUACAACGUUAAGAAAAGUGCACCUUCUUCGUCACAACAAAUCUUAUAUGAAAACUACGGUCCGCGUUCUUAUUGGGAAAGGUCCGUGAGAUCGUUACGUUAUCCAGAAGUAUUACACCCAAAAACUGAUAAUCUUUAUAAGCUAGAAAAUAGAUUAAUAAUAGUAGCUUCUACAGAACGCCCUUUAAGUUUAACCGAACUUGAAAAUAUUCUGACUAUAAUGGUUAAAGCUAAAACACAAUUACAAAAACAUACUAACAAUAUAUUAAUUUAUUACUUAUUUUUAAAACGCGGUCACGCUGCGCUGACUUCGUUAACGUACAUACGUACUUUCACAUUUACUGUAAUUUACAAUGGCUAUUAUUUAUAA